CUAAAAUUAACGAGUGGCAACAGUGCGGUGUAGUUUUCCAAAAUUUCUUCUGCAAUUUAGAAAGCGAAAAAUAUCAUUUACCUUUUGGGCGUUUAUAAAAGAUGCUAAGACAUGAGUCUGGACAGUAACUCUCAGCUGAAGUUCUCCGAUCAUUACAAUUCAAAAUGGAUGUUGGAAAACUGCAAAGCAGUCAGCACAUCCACAGAACUAGAUGCUCUGUACUCACGGCUAAUUUCGAACAAAGAACUGGUGAUAAAUGUUCCGCACACAAUUCACCUGAAAGGCCCAAUCAUACCUGAUUUUGAAGCUGAUUGCUUAGCAACCGAGGAGCAUGAGCAUCUUGUGAAUGCUCUCAUAGCAAGUCAGACCUCCCUGGCAGAAAUUGUUGUCUCCAGUUCUCCAUUUGCUCAGAAUCUCAAGAAGAGGCUGGUGGUGUUGCAGAGGAUUUACCAUGCCACGUCAAAGCAGUGCCAUAUUCCAACAGUAGACAUUACAGAAAAUUUCAGUAGCUCAGACAAUGUGGCCUGGUCAACACAAGACGAUAAUGAGCCCAAAUCAGGAAACACAGUAUUGGUAGAAUUGGGUGUGGAAACAGGUCUCAGCCUGGUCUUUGCAUUAUUGGAACAAAAUUGGCAACAGUCUGUGCUGAUUGGAGUCCCGAGCCUAUGUGAUAGUAUCCUUUCGACUGCAAUAAAUGUUCUGGUUUCCUUGAAACCACUUUCGCUAGCAAAUGAAUCCAAGUUGACAUACCUAGGUGUACAUGCACUAAACAGGACCUUCAGCUUCUUGAAAUCAAUAUGCAGUUCAAACUCGGAAACCCACAUUUCUGCAAGGCCUUUGGCGUCUGAGUUGAUGAUCACGCUGGCCGCACAGCGAGGGUCCUUGAAGUACGUUCUUGAAUGGGUGGAGCUUGCAGUGCUGUCACUGAGUCGCCUGGAAGGGGCCAACAAGAUCAGGUGGUCACUAUUCCAUGAUGUCAUCAGUAAAAUGAUGAAAACAGCUGGAUUUUCUGCACUGAAAACAAAUACUGGAGCUGAUCCCCAGUGUGAUGAAAAUGGAUUGGUGCCCAGCCAUCUAGCUGCUGUAUACCUUCUAAAGCAGCUACAUGGACUUGCAGAGGACUACUGCCUGACCCAUCUGCAGCUGCUCCCUAGCUCCACGGACUCCCAGCAGGCCAAUCCCACCCCCAGCAGAUCAUCUGGGAUCUCCUCCACCCAGUCCUCUGUUGCUAUGGAUACCUGUGAUGUGUACAUCUGGGGCAGUAACAGCACUCACCAGCUGGCAGAGGGCACCACUGAGAGGAUUCUCACUCCCAAACUGUCGUCUAACUUUAGGGAUUCUCCAGUUGUGGAGGCAGGUCAGUUCUGCACAUUCCUUGUUUCCAAGGAAGGAUACGUCACUGCGUGUGGCAAGGGCAGCUAUGGCCGUCUGGGUUUGGGAGACUCCACCAACCAACCCCUGCCCAAGAAGCUCACCUUUCCUAAGGAUCGGGCUAUCAAGGCCAUAUCAUCGUCCAAGGGGUCGGAUGGUCACACCCUUGCCCUGUCCAGGAAUGGAGAAGUCUUCAGCUGGGGAGAUGGUGACUAUGGAAAGUUAGGUCAUGGAAACAAUUCAACACAGAAAUUUCCAAAACUGAUUGCUGGGCUAUCAGGAAUUAUGGUGAAGCAGGUGUCAGCAGGGUUCCGACACAGUGCGGCUGUGACAGAGGACGGGGACUUGUACACAUGGGGAGAAGGAGACUAUGGCAGACUGGGUCAUGGUGACAGCGCCAGUAAGAACCUGCCCACAAAGGUCAAGGACUUACCCCCCCUGGACCAUGUUGCUUGUGGUAGCUCCCACACUGUGGCCGUAUCCAAGGAUGGCAAGACUAUCUGGUCCUUUGGAAGUGGAGAUGCAGGCAAGCUGGGACAUGGAGACACCUGCCGCCAGUACAAGCCCAAGGUUGUGGACUCCCUGACUGGUCUGGUCAUUCAGAAAGUCACGUGUGGCUGUCACUUCACCUUAGCCCUAACCAACACUGGACAGGUGUAUGUGUGGGGCAGUGGCUCAGUGAUCGGCUGUGGGUCACCAGACGCCAUAGAUGCCAAGCCUCGCCUCCUGGAGGACCUUCAGACUGUCCGGGUGAUUGACAUCGCUAGCGGCGACAACCACUGCCUUGCUCUCACAUAUGACAACAGUGUAUUUGCCUGGGGCAACAAUGCUAUGGGCCAGUGUGGUCAGGGUCACUCCCAGAGCCCUGUGACGCGGCCUAAGCGGGUCGUUGGCCUUACCAAGGUACCCAUACACCAGAUAUCAGCUGGCACCUCUCAUAGUCUUGCAUGGACUGCAGUUCCCAGUGACAGGCGCUUGAUGUCUCUCCACAAGGUGUACUGCGUGGAUAUCCAGGAAGGGACAUUCAAUGUGCUGCGCUCAUUCCUGGAGAGAUACUGCCAGGGAUUUGUAGAAGGCGCACCUCCCACCCCUUUCACCAACAAUCAGGAUCAUGAAGACUUCCUGCUGCUGUGUCUGAGGAUGCUGACGGUGCACUUCCGUAUCGCCCAGAACUCUGUCACCACCAGCAGCACCCUGGGCUCACAGGCCAAACCACUACGGAACCUACUCUUCAAGCUGGUUGACAUGGCAACACCUGAUCAUGUACAGGAGGCGGUUUGUGAGUGUCUAUCAGAGGGGACCAGUCUACUGCUGCCUAGCCUGGGAGAGAGGCUGGAGCUCCUGCAUUCACUGCUGCCACAGUCACCGAAUGCUUGGAACUCGCUCUCCAAAGGACAGCGUAUGCAGUUGAGCAUGGUCCUGUCCAGCCUACAGAGUGACGGCCACAUCACAGUGCUGCUGGGACUGAAGCAGUCUCGAACCCCCAGCCUGCAGUACGUGCCUGACCUGCACCUCACAGAGCUGUUAAUGAAGAUCAUCCUCAGGAACCUUGCAUAUGAAACAGAGUCCUCCCUGCAUAACCUUGAGCAUGACCCUGACCCGGGGUCUGUACCGACUGCAGAUGUCCAGCCCUCUGACCCCACUGCCCCAGGGGCGGGGCCUGGAUCUGGGGAUCUGAGCUGCCCCCAGCUGCAACAGCUACUGUCGUCCAUACACAAACACUUGUUUGCCUAUUGUACACAAGCUGACCAUGAGGAAUGUGAGAGGAGCAGGUAUGAGGAGGUGUUAUCCCUGAUACAGUGUCACCUAUCUCUACUGCUACCACUCAGCUGUGAGCUGCUGUCCCAGGCAGCCACUGUCAUGGCCAGGUGUCAGCAACGACAGCUCAUCAUACAGGAAAGGGUCCUAGAGAUCCUGUAUGAGUCCCCCAUGGGUGCCAUGCUGUUCCACCUGCUGCACUCCCUGCUGCUGAUACCCCAGGUUAGAGUUGCACCCCUUCUCAACUCUCUGCUCACCCUGCUCUCCAAGCUGGACUUUAUGUGCAAGCUGCUCACCAACAUAGAACGAUAUGAAAACAGGGAAUUGGAGCAGUGUUUCAACUCAAGUGUAUCUGCACUCUGGUUGGUUGACUUGGAGCGGGUGUGCUCGCUUCUGAUUGGUCAUUGCCUUGGUAACAUGCUGCUUGGGGCACCUGUCUGUGGGGAUGAGCUUGAGAUGGAGGCAUGGCUGGGACACCGCAUAUUCAGCAAUGGACUAGAAACACUGUUCAAUGGAAGCAGCAAUUUAGUAGAAGAGAUAGAGCCUCUGCUUGCCAGACUUGUUGAGUCACCCAAUGAGUGUAGUCUGGUUUAUGAGAAGCUUGAGACUGGUUACCUGGAGAUAGACUGGCUGCUGAAGCUGGGAUGUGAGCAGACUGAAGAGAGUGUGGAGCGGGUGACCAGUCUAAUGAGAGAUACAGCAGAGAGUCUGGACUUGGACACCUAUGACAUCAGUGAUGAACCCCUUCUUGACCUGGUCACCAGAUUCACUCUGGCAGCCAUCAUGAAACACUCAAACCUGACUUGGUCUGCUAUCGCAGGAAACAUCAGUCAUCAUGAUGCAGUGUUUACCUCCGCGGUACAGGAAGUUUACAGACUGCGCCUGCACCUCGUGAACAGGAAGAUGUUCCUGGGUAGUCAUAAUAACGACACCAAGCCCAACGCCCAAGUGUCGGCUGACUCUGACACCGGAGAGAACUCACGCCAGCGAGAGUCUGAGGCUGAUGUCACUGCAGAUAGUGAAGGUGAAAGUGAGGAAGAGGUUAAGAGGUCAGUGGACCCUGGGUCAUUUGAGGACCUGUGUGCUGCCUACAUGGCGCGAGCUCUCUACCUCAUACUGGCAGUCAAGACAUAUUGGUCAGUUUCAUCAUCUACCCAUGAUACCCAAGAUGCAAAGACAAUGAAAGCAAGCAAAUCAGAUAAGGAGAGUCGCUCAGACACUCUGCAGGUGGGACUGACCCCUAGGUCAGGAGGUCACAAGGGCAGCUAUCCAGAUCUGCAGACCUUUGACCUUGACACUGUGACCCCACGAGAGGGAAGCGCUACUCCUAAACCUUCCAACGCUGGCACAGUUACAUCACUGUCUCUGCAAAUGGUGAAACAGAAGCUGCGCCGCUUGCGAUGGCACCAUCACCAGUCAAGGGAGAUGAGUAAAUCUAAGAGCAGGCAAGCCGAGACUAGUUUAGCCAUAGAGUUGUGUUCCUUUAUCAAGGGAGAUAACGAACAGUCUGUGAAGAAGCAGCCAAGAGUUGCGGGUCCUAAUGUGUCUUUCCAGGCAAUGUAUGAAGCAAUGAAACGACAACAGGCUCGUGCGGAGUGUCGUCUGUACGCCCUGAACCAGAUCCGGGAGCUUCUCUCUGCCCACAAAGAGACCAAGGAGGAGCCAGCUGGAGGCACAGCUGUCACUCAAACCCUCUCUACCCUGUUAUGCUCCGCCCACCUGUGUCUCAUGGCCGGAUGCUUUAAUCUGGGCCUUUUACAGGCACCUGAUGGCUCACAGAUACCCAGGCUGGCUUACUACUGUGAUGGUGUUGGGACGGCCUCGUCAGAGACACAGCGUGAGAUCCAGGUGGCAGCACACGACAUUUACGAGGCCCUCGUCAUUGGUCUACUGGACAUUUACAGAUCAGAUACGCUCAAUCAAGCAUGCAAGCAUCGGAUGAUCUUGGUAUCGCUGUUCUCCCUCAGUGUCAACUACCGAGCAGUGGACAUCUCCCUAUUCACAGCCUGUGGGCUCCUGCCCGCCCUGUACGAGAUGGUGGGGGUGGUCACACCCAUAUUUGGCUUUGUGCAGCCAGUUAAUGGGCGACUCCUGCAGUCACACCUUGGCAUCAUACUGAGAGUGGCCAGCUUUCGCCUUGUGCAGAUCAUCACUCUCACAGCUAGCCUGCACUGUGAGGAGCUCACCUCCGGGGUCCUGCAGUCCAUCCUUGACCUCCUGUUGACCCAGGUCAGCAGGCACCUUGGCAACACAGCCAGUAACCAUGGCAACCAUGUGGCCAACUUUCUGGUGUUUGUGCGUCGGGCUAUCGCAGUUCCAGCCAUACGACACCUGCUGGCCAAUAAGAGAUGGACUGACAUGCUGCUUUCGCUAAUAGCGGAGACGAGAAAUGGGGCUUGUCUGCGUAUGAAGUUGUCGGCCAUUCAGGUCCUAGAGUCUAUACUAUCAUCAUGUAAUCGCAACACAGACAAGGAGUUUCAGAAACAGGUGGUAAGUGACCUGUUUAACUGCCUGCAAGACAGCAUGUGGAAGCUGCCUAUGGAGUGUGCCCUGACAGAGGCAAGGCUACAAGAACUUGACCUCAUCACAAAGGUCAAGCAACUGAAUAUUGAUGAUGACUCAGCUGCAGAACUUGACCUGAAAACCAGCCUAUCUGAAACUUUUCCAGAAGCCAGAAAAGUUUGUGUCCAAACCAGUUUAUCUGAGGCAACCAUUAAUGGUAAUAAAAGAAAUAGCAUGCAAGGGAGAAAGGGAAGUAACUCCACCCAAAAUGAUGGUGAUGAACAAACUAAAGGGGAGAAUUCUGGCAGUCCAGAUGAAAGUCGAAGGGACAGUGGUGAGGUCAGUUUUGAUGAGGCAGACCUGACCAGGUUGGAGGUGGGUUUUGAUCUUGAGAAGUGCGUGUGCUGCUUUGUUGAUGGGGGGCAUACCUUGGUGCACAGCAUUGCAGGCAAGGGGUAUGGAUAUGCCUCCACACCAAUCUCAUCUGGCUGCUAUCAGUGGAAGUUCCAUAUCAUAAAAGAGAACAAGAGUAACGAAGGCACCUGCGUGGGUGUGUGUCGUCCCCCAGUCGUGGACUACAGUCAUCGCACCACGACCUGCAUGUGGCUGUACCGGGCGUACAGCGGGAACCUCUACCACAACGGGGAGCAGGCUCGCGCACUGGACAGCUACACCCAGGGGGACAUCAUCACCUGUGUGCUAGACAUGGAUUUGCGGACCCUGGCCUUUGGAAAGAAUGGGGAGGAACCCAAGGUAGCAUUUGAGGACAUAGAUGCGGCCGAACUGUACCCAUGUGUGACCUUCUACAGCAGCAACCCAGGGGAGAAGGUGAAGAUCCUUGACAUGCAGAUCCAGGCAGCCAACAAGGACCUGUUGCCAGGGGAACCACUCUGUGCCCCGCCUAUCACCGUGGUCACCGAGGCACUUGUGACACUCAUCAGGACACUACAUUCCAGGCCAGAGUGGACACCUGAUGUAAACCAGCAGAUCCUGACCAGUCUCGACAAACUGAAGGACUCUGAUGUGCUACAGCAGCUGCCAGAUAUUACCCACAAGCAAACAAAGGAGAGGAAAGAGAUGAAUGAAAAACUACCUCAAACAGAAGAAAAUAGAAACAACAGUGAAAAGGGUGAAUCUACCAGCUCUGGGGAUCCUGAGUAUGUUGAGAGGUCCACCAUAAUACCAUCACAGCCUGACAGUGAUAAGCUGUUUGACAUCUGUUCUCAGGUGUGGUCAACACUUGCAGUGCUGGGAGGUGUGGACCCAGGACUGCGGGUGGGGGGUCGAUGCCUGCACCAAGGGUCUUCCAAGCAGGGUACCAUCCUAGGGGCCACGAGCCCAGGGGCCUCCACAGUCAAGGUCCAGUGGGACAAUGGAGACAUCUCUGUCUGUGACCUGUCCUUGGCUGCAUUGAAGCCGACUCCUCCAGCCCAGUUUGACGUGGGUCAGCUGACAGGCUUCACUGCCAAACACCUGGAGAUGAUCAUGAAACUCACCUUCCUGACUGUGCCCACUGAGCAGCGCAACAACCAGCCUGAGCCUCCCAAUGGCCAGCAGAAGGCCGGGUGCAGUGAGGAUGUAGAGGUAGAGAAAGCGAGAGCCCAACUGGAGGAGUCCAGCGCACUCAUGAGGAAACUGGAUGCAGACAUUGCACGUGUCCUUGACCUUGAGAGCCAUGAGGAGGAUCACAACUCUGACAAGAGGGACGCAGUCAAACAUUCAGACACGGAAUCCAUGACUGACUUAAAUGACAGUUUCCAGAGUGCGUCUUCUACUGCUAGUGGGGAUGUGAUGUGUGUCUCAGCGAAGAGCUCCCGGGCUCCAGCGGUUGAUUGCCCAGCCCCCUUGGGCACCAUCUCCACCCCAUCCAGCAGCUUUCAUACUGCUCAUAGCCUCUCUGACUCCUCAUCAGGUAUAUCUGGGUUGCCAUCACUGACCCAAUUAAAUAGAAGCCCCAGUCAGACUGUGAGUCUGGUGGACCAUGAAGCAAAAAAAGUGCCCUGUGACACCCCCGGGCUCCCUCACCAUGACAACGCCUAUGACGAGUAUCUGGCUAGAGCCCUGCAGGAGGAGUGUGUGCUAAAUGAACAGAUGCAUGAUGGGAACUCGCCGGUACAGCCAAGGAAUGAUAGUGAGAUUUCACAAAAAGUGGGUCAAGGUUCUCAGAGUGAUACGAAAUCAGAUGCUUCUGAGAACGUCACAGUGGGACAAUCUGAACCUACUGAUGAAAGUACACAGGAUGGUGUAAGCCUGAAGACAGGGAGGAGAUCAGCCAUUGAGAAAGAAUUGUCCACUCUUCAGUUCUCUUCCUUGCAAAUAACUGCCAUGAAAGCUAUCCAGUGUGUGUUAUCUAGUCAGAAGUAUGGAGAGAUGCUUUUAGUGCCUAAAUCAGAUCUUGUGGCUGAAAGCAACAAAGCCCUUGCCGAUGGGACAGUAAUUAGAAAAGACGAGGAUAUGAAGCAGGUCAUCUGCGGAUACAUGCGCAGGUUGAUCCUGUUUGCGGCCAGUCCGUCUCCCUUCAAGAGGCCCGUUGGAGGGGAGGAGCUGGAUCGCACAUGGACCAUGCUUCAGAAACUGAUUGUCACUGUACAUGCUGAAUCACAGACCAACCUGCCUGUACUCCGAGAGAAGUACCUACCUCUGCUAUCAAGUUCGGAUGUGUUCCCACCCAACAGUGACAAGAUUGCCCCACCCCAGGGGAAGCCCUCCCUCUACCAGCUGUUUCCAGGACAAAGGGGUCAGGACCAUGACCCCCAGAGGUCACUCCAGCAGACUUCCAUUCUACAGUUUAUCAGGACGGGGUCAGUGGACAGUGGUCUGUUGAGGGGAGGCAGGGGGCGCAGUCUGCCACACUUUGUGUCCCGCACCCAGCAGGAUGGAACCAGUCAAACCAGCAGCCAGACCCCACAGCUGCCACGUCUCCUCCCUCAGUCCAUAGUGAGCGUUCCGACCCCAGCCCCUCCCCUGCGGGGCCCUCCCCCGCCCCAGUACACGACCGCUGUGUGUCCAGCCCCUGCCUUGAAACAGAAGAGGCGGGCCCACCGCACCCCCUCACCACUUGUCCUGCCCACCAUAUACGCUCCACUGAUUGAGAUGGGCUUCACCGUUAGCCACAUUGAGCAGGCUAUUGAGGAAACUGGUGUAGACCAGUGGGAGGUGACGUCACAAGGAGUCAACAGUCUGGCCACAUGGAUGAUAGAACACCCUCAAGAGGCAGGCCCCUCAGCAGUCACGAGUGUGGCCCCUUCUGUGACCUCUGCUGACCCCGGGCCCUCUCAAACAGAACCCAGCUCUGAGUCUGCUCUACAGGAAGUACCCAGCAGGGGCAGUGUGUCUGCUGGAGACCCUGUGGACCUGUCAGAAUACCUGGAGGAGGUGGGAGAGGCCCCAGGCAUGAUACGCAGACCCCGCGUCCUGGCACAGUCCAGACACAGGGACAUACGCAGUUUCCUCUCAAAUAUAGAGAACAAUGACCGGCAUGAGCGCACUGAGAGGUCUCGACAUGAGGCAGAAAGAGGUGAGAGGCGGUCAGUGCUUGACCUCUACGAUGAACUCUGUGACCUCCAGGAGGAGUUGGCAAGUGACGUAACUAUGGAUGACAUUUUCAACUUUGAGAACAGGGAGACCUUAGACCUCUUUACUGCUCUGAGACGUGACCUGGAGGAGGAUCUAUCAGUAGUGUGUGACCUGUGUGGAGAGAGGACAUUCGCCUUCAACCGUCACAUGAGGACAACCCACCCUGGAUGUGGAGGAAGCAGUGACAACCACGGUUACCGCAGCAACGGCUCCUACUGCAGUGGUUGGUUUGGGGGGCAGUGCGGGACUGGCCACCCGUUCUACCUGCUGUGUCUGGGAUGCCGUAACCGGUACCUGGGCGGUGCCCAGCCUGGCCAGUCCGCUGUGAACCAGGCAGAGGGGAGUUUGGAUGAGUUCCAUGACAGCUCAGACUCAAUGCUCACAUUAGAUUUAUUGAGCCCUGGGGAGACGGAUGGUACUCUGCUGUGCCUUGACAACCCCGAGAAACUGCACCAGCUCCUUGGCCUCUCAGACAAGAGCCCUAUUCCUGAACCCAUGACCUUCCCCAAGCCUGACCCCUUGGGGUCACAGUGUAUGAAGCAUUCUGUUGAGGAGAGCAAUACACCAGGUACACGUCAGAGUUCCCCAUUCCAAGAGAGCAAGCAGCGUUCCCUCCCUGAUCAGGUUGCAGGCCUGAAGACUAGCGCUGAGCGACGUCGUGCCGUGCAUGAGACCACGCGUGCAACCCAGGUGGUGAUUGCCCGCUCCGUUCUACUUGAGGCACUAAACGUGCUGGCUGGCAGUGGCAGCACCUGUAGCCUGCCUGCUGCCCUGGAAAAGAUGGGCCUCUCAGAUAUCAUGACCAUUGUGCGCCUCAUGUGCCUGUGUGCCGCGGGGCAGGUCGGCCCCACCCCUGGGGUUUGGGACGAGGGCCAAGGGAGAGCACCCAGCUUUCUGGACAACCUCACUACAGCAAUUGGCUCCCUUGUGGCCGAGAAUAGCAAGGCACAGAACCAGCUGCUCCGACUCUGUAUUCAGGAGCUGUUGACAGCUGCUCUAGGUGGAGGGAAGGGAGUGGAGACAGGUACCAGACACAAGAAGUCUCCCUCAGAGACGGCCGUGUCCCGGCGGUGUAUGCUGGAGGUAUCUAGGUCCCUGGUGGCGCUACUUGCCCGAUGUGACCUGGGUGUGACGCCUGUCAGCACACUGGGUGAUGGCAUGCAGUCCAAGGUGUCCGGUAGCGAGACGACCACUGAGAGGCCGGUCAGUAUGGUGUCAAUGAUGGACGCCCUGGCUGCCUGCACCCUCUCCAAGUACGUGGACAUGCAGUAUAGGCGCUGGGCAGGCACACAACUGGUCAGGUGCAUUGCCUCACAGUUAGAAAAGAAAUGCAUCGAGCGACCCCAUGUUGACCUUGGGAGUGACUUGACCCCUUGUAGCGUGACAAAGUUGAAAGGUCAUCAGAAUAGGCUUUGUGGAUGUGUCUGGAGCAGAAAGAAAUCACUUUUGGCAACGAGUGGAUGUGAUGGUGUGGUGAGAGUUUGGAACGUCCUGGGAAAAACAGGUGGUUGUCUACAGCAGACAUGCAUCUUCAACUGUGGAGACCGCAUUGCUGGGGAGCAUAGAGAGGGUCAGGUGCUUGACAACCUAUGUUGGAACAGCUCUGGCAGACUGCUGGCCACAUCCUUAGAUCACAUGGUCAACAUCUGGGCCACUGAGGGAGGUCAUGGUCAUCUGGAUGUGCAGCCCCACUUGGUGACUGCCCUGGCCUGGUCACAGUGUAAGCCUGUGUUUGGUGGUCAGAUGUGGCUCAACACUGACCGCCUGCUGGUCGGCAGGCUGGACGGCUCCUUGGCCUACAUAGACAUGCUGGACACUGCAGGCUUCACACGCCAUGAGCUAGAACACUGCUAUAGGGCUGAUGUGGCAGUGAGUGUGAUCAGCUGGUAUGAUGAGAGCCGCAGGUUUGUUGUCGGCUACAGUGACGGGGUCCUCUACCAGUGCAGCCCUGAGCCAUUUGAGGAGCCUUUCCAAACCAACGCACAUGAGACCUCCAUCACAUGUAUAGAGUGGGACCCCACAGGCCACAUGUUGAUGACCUGUGCCACGGGUGACUCCCACGUGAAGCUGUGGGCUCCAUGCCUGGAGGGCCUCACGUUGGUCCAUGACCUCUCCCACCCAGCGGCUGUCACCCACAUACGCUGGUCUUCCAUGCUCGGUAAUGGGGACAACAAGAGGCUUCUGUUGGCGAGUGGCUGUGACAACGGCAGUGUGUAUGUGGAGAGUGUGCCUCAGAUGACUCUCAACGAGAUACAGCUCUCACCAGUCGCCUCCCCUGCUAAACUGGAUGAGUCUGAGAUGGGCUCUGACAGCCAGCUGCACUUCUCCCUGUACGGACAUGUGGCCUCCAUCACCGCCCUGGGGUUCAGCCCCAGUGGAAUCCUGCUGGCCACAGGCUGCAGCAAGGGAUGUAUCAAACUCUGGUCUCUCAUUGAUGGCAGUUUGCUGCAAGUGUACCUGGGAGGGGGCAGUGUUAGCAGUAUGUGCUGGUACACACACCACUGUGUGGCUGCGUGCUUCAACAGGGCCAAGGAUGUAGUACUGCUGAGUUUUUCCCCAGAUGUACCACAGUUGACCGCUGCGACGGCGCGGGGGCGACUCCUGGCCCGGGGUAUUUCCCUCCAAGCUGCACCCUGCCUGCGAGAGCUUGUGUCACAUCUACCACAGAUCCUGCAGCAGCAGCACACCUAUGAGAAACCCCUUGUUCUGGGUGGGGAGCAGCUUCUUCACAGUAGCUACCUACAGUCCCUGUGUGCCCUGGGGGUGGGGCUGGGAAUGGACAGGGUCCUGUGUCACACACCUAGACCUCCACACCAUACACCUGGCACUGAGAUGGGAAGUGAUGUUGUACCGGAAUGGCAGUGGUUGCUGUCCUAUGCCACAGCACUCCACACGUCCCACAGCCUGGUGUCUGGAGGGGAGUUCCCAGCAACCUUCAUACAGAGCUGCACGGGACCGUACACAGCUGAGCACAUACCUCCCUCUGUCUGGGACAACAGCCAGUGGAACCUGAAGGUGGACACAGACAUCAUGACAUGGGCCUCUCAGAAGCCUGAAGAUUGGCAGAUCGGUGGCAAGUGUGAGACGUACAUGUGGGGCUAUGAGAGACAUGGUCAGCUGUCUGACACAGGACGAGUGGUGCUCUCCCCUGUCUGCAUACCAGCUUACUCUGUAGCUCAACAGAUCAUCUGUGGUCAGAACUGCACAUUUGUGCUGCAAGCCAACGGUAUGGUGUUAGCGUGUGGGGAGGGCAGCUAUGGACGGCUGGGGCAGGGCAACUCAGACGACUUGAAGUCCCUCACCAUUAUAUCAGCCCUGCAAGGUUUUGUAGUGAUCCAGCUGGCCACCUCGGUGGGUUCUGAUGGACACAGUAUGGCCCUCACAGAGAGUGGUGAGGUGUUCAGUUGGGGCGAUGGAGACUACGGGAAACUGGGUCAUGGCAACAGCGACCGCCAGCGUAGACCGCGCCAAAUUGACGCCCUGCAUGGGGAGGAGAUCAUACAGGUGUCGUGUGGGUUCAAGCACUCUGGUGUAGUGACGGCUGGGGGCAAGCUGCUCAUGUUUGGUAACGGGGACUACGGGCGGCUGGGCCUGGGCUCCACUGCCAAUAUGAAGGUGCCCACUGUGGUGUCCGCACUGGACAGGGUACAGAUUGGGCAGGUAUCCUGUGGUCUUAACCACACCUUGUGUGUAUCUGCUGACGGGUCAACCGCCUGGGCCUUUGGGGACGGGGAUUACGGGAAACUGGGCCUGGGAAACACGACUAGAGUGCUCUCCCCUGCCAAGAUUGAGGCCCUGCAGGGGGUGCGUGUGAAGAAGGUGCUCUGUGGGGCUCAGUUCUCUGUGGCCCUGGCUAACGAUGGAGUGGUCUACACCUGGGGUCAAGAUCGGUUGCUAGGGCAACCCGACCAUCGGUCGCGUAACCACAUGAAGCCUCAGACGGUGCCAGGCAUAUCAAGCUACUUCAUAGAGGACAUAGCGGUGGGCGUGGACCACACUCUGGCACUCAGCAGCUCAGGCAACCUCUGGGGCUGGGGCAACAACGCAGACGGACAGUUGGGGCUUGGGCACACCACCUCCCCUGUACGGGAACCAGCGCUGGUACCAGGCAUGGAGGGCAAGGAAAUCAGACAGAUAUCAGCGGGCAAGAGCCACUCUGCUGCCUGGACCUGCCCCCCUCCUCCAAGGCGCAUCCCCGGGGUCCCGGCCCCUCUACAGCUGGGCACACCAGAGACUGUGCCCAUCCAGUACCAGAGUGCGGCCCGGUACCCCAUGGCAGACAUACGGGGUCGACUUCAGCUUCUGCAUCACUACUCUGACCUGGUCUACUCAUCAUGGAGACUGCUUCCUCUCACAACACCACUGAGUGAGCUGACAGUGUUUGAAAGCGGUGUGUCCGCCCUGCUAUCCGGUGAGUUGCGCCCCCUGCUGGCCCCGCGGGUCCACACGCUACCCCUGGUACGCUCGAUAGGCAAGACCAUGGUUCAGGGCCGCAACUACGGGCCACAGAUCACUGUGAAGAGGAUAGCAUCACGGGGCCGAAAGUGUCGGGCUGUGUUCAGUCAGAUAUCUGGUCAGGUGGUAAGACUGAAACCAGAGGAACUGCGACUGCCUGCCCGGGCGUGGAAGGUCAAACUGCUGGGGGAGGGGGCAGACGAUGCAGGCGGGGUGUUUGAUGAUACCAUCACAGAGAUGUGUCUGGAACUGGAGUCUGGAGUUGUACCACUUCUAUUGCCUACACCCAACACUGCCAGUGAAACAGGCAAUAACAGAGACAGAUAUGUGCUGAACCCUGGACUGAGCUCAGAAGAGCACUGCAACAUGCUGCGUUUCCUUGGCAUCCUGUUUGGGGUAGCCAUACGUACUAAGAAGCCCCUGGACCUGCACCUGGCGCCCUGUGUGUGGAAACUGUUGGUGGGAGUCAGCCUCAAGCCUGAUGAUAUAGAGGAGAUUGACUUCAUGUACAUGCAGAGUUUAAGAGGGAUAGCAGACAUCCAUCACAAUGGGGUCAAUGAGACAAACUUCCAUGAGUUCAUUCCCCUGGACUGCUUCGAAGGUCAGUCCCUGGACGGGCGGAUGGUUGCCGUGGUGCCCGGGGGUCGCAGCAUCCCCCUGACCUUCCACAACCGCCAUGAGUACGUCACCUCAGUCAUCCAGUACAAGCUGCAUGAGAUGGAGCCACAGGCUGCUCUGGUGAGGGAAGGCAUGGCCUGGAUCAUCCCAGUACCCAUACUGAGCCUGCUGACCGGGCCCACACUGGAGCACCUUGUGUGUGGAGUGGAGCACAUCGACCUUGACAUGCUGCAGAAGGUCGUCAGGUAUCGUGGUAUUGACGAGACCAGCAAGAUGGUGGUCUGGCUGUGGCAGGUGCUGGGUUCAUUCACCAAUGAUGAGCGCAUACAGUUCCUGCGCUUUGUGUCCGGUCGGACCCGACUGCCUGCCAACUCUGCAGACAUCUCGCAGCGCUUCCAGAUCGUCAGUUCUGGUCGGGGUGAUGACAGCCUGCCCACCUCCCAGACGUGCUUCUUCCAGUUGCGGCUACCAAACUACUCAAGUGUAGAGGUGUUUGCAGAGCGCCUACGGUACGCCAUCAACCACUGCAAGUCCAUAGACAUGGACGACUACAUGCUGAACCGGGGGGAGGACGCCGAGGGUGCAGGGGUGUUUGAGAACAUAUGGGCAGACAUUGAAAAUGAGGACUGAAAGAAAGGAGGUUGGAGUGACUCUUUCACAGUCGUAACCUUUGGUGGCUAUAUGAAUUAAAACUACAAAAAUGUUCAGUUUGAUGAAGAUAUUGUCCAGAUAUAAUGCUCAGACUUAGUUGGAUGGCGAUAAGACUUUAGGUACUACAAUUGGUUAAACAGAGCUGUGGGUAGAAAAUGAAAUAAGGAAAAGCUUUGAACCAAGUUCUGACUUGUGAUUCCUUGUUGCUGUGAUACAAUAAAGUCUUCACGUCCUUUAAUACCUAAAAUAGAGCCUUGAUCUGGGAAAAUGGGGCUUAAUGCAUGUGCUCAAAGUGUUGUCCCAGAAUAGCUUGUGCAGUCUGCACAGGUUUAUCAGAGACGACAGUCUCUGCUUUUAUGGAUUUUUUUUUGUUUAAAGGAAGUAACUUCUCAAUGCAUAAGGUGAAAAUUGUUGUCCCUGAUUAGUAUUUGGGGACUUGUUGUCCCUGAUUAGUAUUUGGGGACUUGUUGUCCCUGAUUAGUAUUUUGGGACUUGUUGUCCCUGAUUAGUAUUUGGGACUUGUUGUCCCUGAUUAGUAUUUGGGGACUUGUUGUCCCUGAUUAGUAUUUGGGGACUGAACAGGCUAAUCUGCACUGACACUAUGCACAUGCAUUAAGCCCCAUUUUCCCAGAACAUGGCUAAAAUGCUCUUUUCCUUUCAUAUCUACCAUUUUGUUGGUUUUGUUCAUAUCUACCAUUUUGUUGGUUUUGCUAAUUUCUCUGUUUUCUUCCAUUGUUUUCAAAGUUUUUAUAUCAGAAUGAUAUCUUUCGAGUUUCUCCAUUUCUGGAUAUUCACUGAUUUUCAUGUUGAUGGGAUAGUUUUAUUUGCAUUUUAUUAGUAAAGAAUUUGGGCAGUGUUUGUACUUUAUUUUUUUAAGAUGCCUGCCUCUAUGCUUCACCAAAAUAUAAAACAUCUAUUUUCCUAUUCAACAUAUCCAAAUGAACUAUGAUUAAAGACAAUAAAACUUAUCGAAUGUUGAUUCAGCACUGGAUGGUUGGCAAAAGCACUGUUUUCAGUAGCGUAAACUAUAUGCAUAUGGGCAAUAAAUCUGUAAGAAAUUCCCAAACUAACAUUACGAGACCUUAAUAGUAUUUUGAAGAUUACAUAUUAAGAACCAAUAUUGUAUAUGAAUACAUUAUAUUGCAUCUUUUUAAAAGUACGACUUAGUCAUAGCGUCAUAGUAAAGGUGUCGUCGUUACGUUACAUGAAUUUUCUUUGACACUCAAUGAUACCAGUUGUAAUUUAUCUUUACAUACAACUGGAAAACAAACGUGCACAUGGUGCAAAUUGAACUGUGUAUGCAUGUAAAUUAAAAUAUAUUUACUACUAAAAGUUAUAUAUAGCAUUUUAUAUCAUAUAUUUUGUUAGUUUUUUCGUAAAAUAUGAGUUUACGCCCGUUUUUGGUCAAAUGUAAUUGCUGGUUUUUGUAAAAUUGUUAAUACAUUGCCGUAACAUACACUAUUUAUACGUAAUGGCGCAGUUUUAAUUUCCGGUAAAUGUGGAACUGUUAAGAAGUAAAUUUCAUAUUUUUAAAAUACUUUUAUUUUAAUGAUUUAAUUGGAUCAUAUUUAGUAUCAGGGUGCCUGGUAGUAUAUAGUUGCAAACAAUUUAUUAUGGACAAAUGACUUUAUGAUUUUCACAGUACGUUAAAUAUUUAAUUUUUAUUAUAGCAAAAGCUUAAGAGUUUGUUUAAUUACUGGACGAAAUGACUGCUUAAUACACUACCAAGAAAAGACAUAGAGGUAUGGUAAAUUGUGUCUAAAUGAUCUGGCAUUCCUUAUGCCCCCCUUCGAAGAAGAGGGGGUAUAUUGCUUUGCUCAUGUCAGUCUGUCGGUCGGUCUGUCUGUCGGUCUGUCAGUCUGUCCACCAGGUGGUUUCCGGAUGAUAACUCAAGAACGCUUGGGCCUAGGAUCAUGAAACUUCAUAGGUACAUUGAUCAUGACUCGCAGAUGACCCCUAUCCAUUUUGAGGUCACUAGGUCAAAGGUCAAGGUCACGGUGACCUGAAAUAGUAAAAUGGUUUCCAGAUGAUAACUCAAGAACGCUUAGACCUAGGAUCAUGAAACUUGAUAGGUAGAUUGAUCAUGACUCGCAGAUGACCCCUAUUGAUUUUCAGGUCACUAGGUCAAAGGUCAAGGUCACAGUGACCCAAAAUAGUAAAAUGGUUUCCGGAUGAUAACUCAAGAACGCUUAGACCUAGGAUCAUGAAACUUGAUAGGUAGAUUGAUCAUGACUCGCAGAUGACCCCUAUAAAUUUUCAGGUCACUAGGUUUAAGGUCAACAAGGUCACAGUGAUCCGAAGUAGUAAAAUGGUUUCCGGAUGAUAACUCAAGAACGCUUAUGCCUAGAAUCAUGAAACUUCGUAGGUAGAUUGAUAAUGGCUGGCAGAUGACCCCUAUUGAUUUUCAGGUCACUAGGUCAAAGGUCAAGGUCACGGUGACCCAAAAUAGUAAAAUGGUUUCCAGAUGAUAACUCAAGAACGCUUAUGCCUAGCUAAGAUCAUGAAACUUCAUAGGUACAUUGAUCAUGACUCGCAGAUGACCCCUAUUGAUUUUCAGGUCACAAGGUCAAAGGUCAAGGUCACGGUGACCCGAAAUAGUAAAAUGGUUUCAGGAUGAUAACUCAAGAAUGCUUAUGCUUAGGAUCAUGAAACUUGAUAGGUAGAUUGAUCAUGACUCGCAGUUGACCUCUAUUGAUUUUCAGGUCACUAUAUCAAAGGUCAAGGUCACGGUGACCUGAAAUAGUAAAAUGGUUUCCGGAUGAUAACUCAAGAACGCUUAUGGCUACGAUCAUAAAACUUCAUAGGUACAUUGAUCAUGACUCGCAGAUGACCCUUAUUGAUUUUGAGGUCACUAGGUCAAGGUCAUGGUGACCCGAAAUAGUAAAAUGGUUUCCGGAUGAUAACUCAAGAACGCUUAGGCCUAGGAUCAUGAAACUUCAUAGGUACAUUGAUCAUGACUGGCAGAUGACCCCUACAUAUUUUCAGGUCACUAGGUCAAAGGUCAAGGUCACAGUGACAAAAAACAUAUUAACACAAUGGCUGUCACUACAACGGAGAGCCCAUAUGGGGGGCAUGCAUGUUUUACAAACAGCCCUUGUUUAAGACAUUAUGCUUUAAGUUAAAAAUAGUUUGGACAGUAUAUCUGAUCAAAACGAGAUAAUAGGUAUGUGAUGAACAAAGCUGCAAUUAAAUACCGGCAUUAAAAUGCUCGAAUGAUUAGAUUCAAGAUUGAUGCUAACAAUUAAAUUAAAACUAUUAAAUUUUAUUACGAAUUUUAAUUUGAUGUUAGUUUGCAUAGUGCGUGUUUUCCUAAAUAAAUACCAUUCCAGUUAGUUAUUACAUGUUGUGUGCAUGUGAUCGGUUUAUUUGUUGUUUGUUUUUAUCCUUUUUUGUUGAAGCAUACUAUCUUUCAUUCGAUUUCUGAAAGUUUACUUCUCUAAAAUAUGGUCGAUAAGAACCACAUAUAUGUCGAGAAGAACAUGGUGUUCAAUACAAAUUUGAUUAUCAGUAAACACAAUUAAAAACAAUAAAAUGUUUAAAAACUGCAUCUACUUUAAUACAAAUGUUUUAUUUAGACAUCAAUUAGUAAAAAAUAUAAUGUACUGAAAUCCUUCGAAUUUAAACUUUGCUUAUGUCAUGAUUGUCUUUACGCGUUUUAAUAAAACACUUUUUGUCAAAAUUUUGGACGGAGUCUGAACAUGACGUCACUCGUCCCAAACAAGAUUUUAGCGAUUUGACAUCAAUAUUGGGCAUUCUUGUUUGUGUUAUUUGAUUGAUGCGGCACAUUUUUACUUGUUUUUAGAGUGAUUGAAAUGUCGUUUAUUAUUCUCGUGUUUAUACUGUCGUCCAUUUAUGGUACUAUUUUUAGUUUGCAUUCGGUAAGUUUUGCAUUUGUUUCUGCUCCGAUCCUUCUUACUUUCAAUUUGGACAAUGCACUGUCAGCUGUUUGAUAUAUCAGGUUUCUAAAGUCUUUUUUGUGUUAUGACACAUGCAUUGUUUCAAAAUACAUUAUUUCCGUUGUAUCUGUUAAGGAUUGUUAACGAAACUUACAUCGUAUUUUAUUAUUUAUGUUUUGUUGACCAAUAAAACCAACACUCCUGUGUUGCAAAAUGUA